UCUAAUAAAAGGGAUCAGGAUUGAGUUUAUUUACACUCUCAUACAGUAUUUUGUAUUGUACUGUACGCAGAUUUACCAUCGUAAUGUGACGGUCCCAACCUGAACUCAUUUAAUGUGCUAUUAUUCCAACAGAGGUCGCUGUUGCGACAGUUUGGAACCUUUCGUGGGAUCCCGUUUGUUAUCGCGAGGUUUGUGCCGACAUUUCGUGCGGUGGCCGCUGCUUGCAGAGGGGAAGAGAAGACGGCAGUGUUUGCAUUAAUCUUCAGUGUAAAAACUGACAAAUUUCUCGGUUAGAGCGCUGUUGUUUAGCGGUCAGUAUGGCGGUAGUCAUCCGGCUGCAGGGUCUGCCCAUAGUGGCUGGAACCAUGGACAUCAGACACUUCUUCUCUGGCCUCACCAUUCCCGAUGGGGGAGUGCACAUCGUGGGGGGUGAACAUGGCGAAGCCUUCAUCGUCUUCGCCACAGAUGAGGAUGCUCGCCUGGGAAUGAUGCGAACAGGCGGCUCUAUUAAGGGCUCAAAGGUCUCCUUGUUGUUGAGUAGCAAAACCGAAAUGCAAAACAUGAUCGAGCUCAGCCGCCGCCGGUUUGAGGCCGGGGCGGGCGCCGUGGACAUGGCUCCACCUGCAGCCGUAAACACAAACAGACAAGCUGGGCCUGCUUCCCUGCCUCCAGUGCAGUCUGGAGUUGGGGGACGAUCCAGUAGCCAUGGAAACCAGGGUUUCACUCCAGCCUCAGCAACAACCGCCGGCCCGUCUCAAGAACCGCAGAGCAUCAAGGUGGCGACCAGCAUGGCCGGCGCCAUGGCCGGCUCCGUGCCCAGCUUCCCCAACAGCUACAGCUCAGCCCCCACUAUGACCACGUCUCUGCCAUCGCUCAAUGCUGGACUGCCACCCAUUCCUCCCCUCCCCAACAUGCCCUCCAUGCCCCCCAUGUCCACACUGUCAACCAUCACAGUCCCUCCUCCUGUGUCCUCCCUCCCUCCUGUCCCGACCGUCUCCCCGUUAUCCCAGGGACCUCCUGUGCCGCCAAUGUCUCACAUUCCUCAAAUGACCUCUCUCCCGCCCUUUAACCCCACCAUGCCCCCCCCUGCAACACUGGGCUCUGGUCUCCCCCUGGGAGCCCCCAACCCCAUGCUGUUCAACCCCCUCUCCUCUCUGGCCUCCUUGGGCCUUCAGGCCCAAAUGAAGGCCGCCGCCACAGGCAUGGCCAGUCCUGACGACCUGUUCGUUCUUCUGCAGAAUCUCCCGUUUUCAUGCUCCGAAAUGGAAGUCAGAGACUUCUUUCGGGGCCUGGGGGUGGAGGGGGUGCGCCUGCAGAGGGACGGGCAUGGCCGACCCAACGGUCGGGCUGCAGUCAAGUUCUUCUCUCCUCAGGACAGUUUUGAAGCUCUGAAGCGAGGGGGUGGGAUGAUGGGCCAAAGGUUUAUUGAGAUCACCCCCGGCUCGGAGCGUCAGUGGGUGGGCCUAAACAACAGUGGAACAAGUCAUGUCUCUUACAGUAGCAGUAAAUCUAACAAUGCAAUUGAGCUCCAGGGUCACCAGCACAGGGGGGGAAGCACCCCUGGAGGUCGAGAUCACCGAGACAGAUCCCGAUCUCCUCAUAGACAGGAGUUCUGCGUCUACCUGAAAGGCCUUCCCUACGAGGCCGACAAAAGACAGAUCAAAGAGUUCUUUAAGAACGUGGCUGUGCUCGAAGACAGCAUCUUCAUCGCCCAGGGUCCAAACGGUCGCGCCACAGGCGAGGGCUUCCUUGAGUUCAAGUCCGAGGAGGACUACAAGAUUGCUUUGGGGGCCCACAUGCAGUACAUGGGCUCCCGAUUCAUUCAGGUUCACCCGAUCAGCCGUAAGGGAAUGCACGAGAAGAUCGAGGCCAUCCGCAAGCGUGAGGCAGCGCACGGUGACGGCAAGAACCAGGAUGGAAUGAAAACUCCCCGCAACUGUGCCCACAUCACCAACAUUCCCUACAACAUCUCCAAGAAGGACGUUCGCAGUUUCUUGGAGGGCGUGGGCAUCUAUGAGGAGUCUCUGAAGGUUCUAACGGACAGCCAGGGCAAUGGUUUGGGCCAGGCCAUCUUCCAGCUGCGAGCGGAGGAGGAUGCUCGCAAAGUGGAAAGGCUGCACCGGCAAAAACUCAAUGGCCGCGAUGCCUUCGUUCACCUCGUCACCUUUGAGCAAAUGAAGGAAAUUGAAAGAAACCCCCCGCCUCAAAAUAAGAGGGGUCAACGUAACCAACACCAGCAGAACCAAAACCAGAACCAGAGCCAGGCCCAGCAGGUUCAGCCCAGUCCACAGCAGCCGCAGAUGAACCCCUUCGCUGGCAUUGCCGGUGAGGAGUUCAGCUUCCUCAGAAACACCAUGGGGAGCCUGAACAACCCCCCCUUUGUGGCUCCAUUCACGGCUCCUGGGAACGGACUAACAGGCCCUCCUCCCCUACCCCCCCUGGCUGCAGGCCUGGGGGAUGUCAGCCUGGGAAUGGCUCCUCCUCUGGUUGCAGGAAUUCCUGGAGCACCAAUGUUGGAGCCUCCUGGCAUCCGGCCCGGAGCGGCAGCAGGAGCUCCGUUUGUUCAAGACGGGCUGAGAGGGUUGUUGCCGUUUGAAAAUGCAAACAGAAAAGGAGGUGGAGGAGGCCAGAACCGCGGGGGAGCAGCCAGCAGCAACCAGGGACGCCCAGUGGGAGGAGCUGUUGGCGGGCAGCAGGUUUUCACCCCGGGAACCGAAGGAAUACGGAACCAGCCGAACCCUGGACCUCCCACCAACCCCACCACCCAACGGGGCGCUGGCGGGCCAACCGUUGUCAAACUGCAGAACAUGCCAUUCACCGUCACUGUGGACGAGAUCAUGGACUUCUUCUACGGCUACCAGGUGCUGCCGGGUUCAGUCUGCUUACAGUUCAGUGACAAAGGCCUGCCCACCGGCGAGGCCAUGGUGGCUUUCCAGAACCACGAGGAGGCCUCUGCUGCGGUUCUGGACCUCAAUGAUAGACCCAUCGGAUCACGCAAAGUCAAGAUAAGCCUGGGUUAAGCCGUGCUGUUAGGCCAUCUGCCCAGAACCCAAACCAGAACUAACCACAGAUACUAGAAGGUCCGUUCAGACUGUUCAUUGACUCUUUACACCUGUGUAGAUUUCAGCAGGUAAGCUCCUCCCCCACAAAGACUGAAAGCAGACUGUUCUUAAAGACUUCCUCAAAUAAACUGAUGAUGAUGCUCUGCAUAAGCUCUUCUCCAGUUUUCAUGUUGCAGCUUUUGUCUCUUCAUGCAGUGUAACCUGUUUUGUUGUUAUGGUAACAUGACUGUCAUGAGGCCUAAACAUGCUUUGCUGCUGCGGUUUGAACUGUACAUCCUCUGAUGCUAUGAUAAUAUCCUAACUUGCUGUGUUUCCAUGGUAACGGACAAAAAUCCUCAUUAUGUUGCUAUGAUGAAAUGUUUUUGUGUUGCAAUGCUGUUCCAAACGCGAUGUGGCUAUGAAGAGACCGACUCUUGUGGUGUAGCCGGUCCGUUUCCUGGUUCUGAAUCUUUCUGCCACAAUCACAUGUCUGUGUGGAACCAGCUCACAAACUCUGCUGGGUGGAGGAUGAGAUUGUUGAGUCAUGUUCCAUUUUCUGAAUCAUUUAUCAGAUUUUAUGAUGAUGAUGCUGUUUUUGAACCAUGCUACCCCAUGCCCCUCCUCCUUUCUCCUGCACAUGCUCAGUAGGGGGUUGGACUGCAGAGAUGAAGACGCAGGGAUUUUACUUUGGCUGUGAUCUUUGUUUGGAUGUUUCUGCCCUGAAGCUGACCUUUCUUUGUUAUGUGAAUCGUUUGUACCAUGUGUGGUUUCUCCUUUGCUUUUGCUAAUAAAAGGACCAUCCCGAGCUGCCAUGCA